CCAGCGGCAAGGUGGAGAAAUUACCAUAACGACUAGCCAAGCUCAAGCCUUCUUAUGCAUAUUUUGAAUGUUGAAACCGCAACAAUGGGCUGCGCCAGAUGAGGAUGUGGCUGGUGGAAGUCUUGGUCAAAUUUUGUAUUAGAAAUUUCUUGGAUGUGGCUCGUCAGACAAAUAAUCCUGUAAGCGUAUAUGGUGGGUUUCUCCAUCCAUUAGAAGGGUACCAGAUGAGUGCCAUCCACGUUGUUGGUCCGGAUCUCAUGUUCCCAUUUUCUUGGGGGAAUAGUGUGAUAGCGAGUUUGUAGGCAGACUUGUGGCUAGAACUCUGCAUGGUUGAAUUUUAAUUAUUAUCAUAAUACCGAUUCACUUAAGAAAGACAUUGGGAAAAGCUGAAAAGGGAGGCUGUUUAUCUUUCAAGGAACUCAGGCCGUAUGUUGGGGAAUAUUUGAUAGGUGAUCUGGUACUUUUGGUUGCAAGGUUGCUUAAUGACAGUCUUAGGUAUGCUGACUUAAGGAGGAGGUUUCUUGUUGAUCCCCACAUGAUGGAAGAAGGGCAGAAAACUGCUCAUCUGAACAUGGACAAUCCAUUGUCCCAGGAUCCAGAAAGCAUAUGGGGACGUUUCUUCAGAAAUGCUGAAUUGGAAAAGAGUAUUGACAAAGACUUGUCAAGGCUAUAUCCAGAACAUGGGAGCUAUUUUCAAACCCCUGCAUGCCAGGCUAUGUUGAGACGAAUCUUGCUGGUAUGGUCACUGAGACACCCAGAAUAUAGUUAUCGACAAGGAAUGCAUGAGCUCCUUGCUCCUCUUUUGUAUGUUCUUCAUGUUGAUGUCGCACACCUCUCCCAUGUGAAACACCUGUUUGAGAAUCUUUCGGAUGAGAGAUUUGAUGGUCUACCACUCUUGGAAAACAAUUCAAGUCCAAGAGGGAACAUCGACAAACAAACAAAAAUGUCUCCAGUUGGCACUAAGUUAUCAGGUAGUCUAGAGGAUGAUAGAAGUUUGAGUGAUUAUGGGGAGGUGGACAUUCUUAAAUGCCAAGCAAAUAGGAUGAGGAUCAGCAGCAUUGAUGAACUUGAUCCAGAGGUUAGAGCUAUAUUUUCAGGAAGUGAUGCAUAUGGGGCAGAAGGGGAAUUAGGGGCUCUUCUGUCUGGAAGAUUCAUUGAACAUGAUGCAUACUGCAUGUUUGAUGCCUUAUUGAGUGGACAAGGUGGACUGAUUGCAAUGGCAGACUAUUUUAUGAACUACCCUGAGGUUGGCUUGGUGUCAGGAUUGUCUCCUGUUAUUGAAGCAUCUGCACAUUUAUAUAAUUUGCUUUCAGUUAUUGAUAGCUCUUUAUACAGUCAUCUUGUUGAGCUGCAUGUUGAGCCCCAGUUUUUUGCUUUGAGGUGGUUGCGUGUGCUUUUUGGUCGAGAGUUUGUGCUACAUGAGCUGUUGCUCAUUUGGGAUGCAAUAUUCUCAGCACCGAACAGUUCUCUUUUGUCAGAAGAUACUCACCAUUUAACUAAUAUUGCGUACUGUGAUCGUGGUGCAUUUAUUUCAGCAAUGGCAGUAUCAAUGCUCUUGCAUUUAAGAUCAUCAUUGCUAGCUUGUCCAGAUGCCACAACUUGCCUUAAGAAACUGCUCAACUUUCCAUGCAAUUCUGAUGUUAGAAAGUUGAUUGAAAAUGCUGUGUCAAUUCAACCUCUUGCCAUGAAUUCAGUUUGCAUCGCUCCUUACCUGUCAAAGAUGGGCCGGAAUUCAGACUACACUAGGAUGGGUAAACACACAAGAAGUACAAGUGUUUCUCCUAUGUGUCAAACACCUCCAAUUUCUUAUACAAGUGUCAUUAAAAACCAAAGAUCCAGUCCAUGCUCACCUGAUGGAUCAAGGGUAACAUUACCAGAGAGUUACUGGGAAGAAAAAUGGAUAACUUCAAUACUGCAGAAAGUGAUGCCUGAAAAAUCUUCCAGCAAUGAAGUUCAGGAUGAUAAUUCAAAGGACUCAGUUGGGCAUGGUGGUGAAAUUAUUUCAAUAGAUUCUUCAAAUCUGCAACACCUUGUUUUAGAUUCAAAUGAGGCAACAGAGCAACAGAUAUCAAGAAACAAAAAUUGUGGAACAUCACUGAAACAUGACCUGGAUGCUGUUUCAAGUGGAACUCGUGACUCGAAUAAUGAAACUUUUGGGAAAGCAUCUAGGCACAAAGUUUUUGAUGACCAGGUGGAGGUAGACUCACAGGCUGAACUCGAUUUUGAUAAAUUGUUGAUGUCUACUACAAAUGAGCAACUAGUGUCAGUUCAAUCAGUACAGGGUAAUCCAGUGACCGAAACUGUGGAGAAAAAGAGUUCAGAUUGUGACAUCAAUGAUGUAAAUAAAAUACAAGUGACAAUUCAAGAAGAAUUAACAAAUCAGAGUAAAGGUGUGGGUAAUGGAUCAUGUCAAUCAAAUCAAUGCAAAGAAUCACAUGCUGACUUAAAGGAAGUAUCAGGAAAAUUCACAACAGGUAAUGCUUCCCAGAUGGGUGGGAUUCUGACAUUUUGGAGAAAACAAAAGCCUUCAGCAGUAACACAUACUGGUAGGCCCCGAUGGAUGUGGAAUCUUGCUCGGAAUAUUCCUGGGGCAAAAGUUAAGGAACCUUCUAAAGACGGAUUGGCAGGAAAUAGUAAUGGUUCAUCUGAAAGUGAGAAAGUGCCUCAAAAAGAUAAAGUUAAUGGGACAGCAACAACUAAUGAUGACACACUUCAUGAUGAAUUCUCAAAGCCAAAUUUUGAUUUAGAUUGUAGGAAACCUGAAGGAAACAACCAGGUUCCUGAGGAGAAAAGUAUUGAUGACUGUUUUAAGGAUGAAUCCAGUACUCCAAAUGCUGAUGUAGCUUGUGGGAAGAAAAUGUUCGAGGAGCAUGUGCCUCCUGGGAAGAGUACCCCAGCUUGUGAUGGUAAGAAAUCAUCUCAGGAAACAGUCACACCGUCACAUAUAGCAGUUUCUUCCACACCUUGUUUGGAACUGGUUCUUGAGGAUACUGAUGGUACCACUUGUAGUAAUGAUGUUAAGGGUACAGAAGUGCUUAAUGGUUCUGUCAUAAACACUUUACAGAGCAGUGCAGAAUUAAGCACUGGAUCAGGUGGUGAGGACCCAUCUAUUAAUUUGAGAAUUAUGGGACAAUCCAUUCUUCAGAAAAUUCAGGUCCUUGAAUCAUCUUUAUUGCAAGACUCAAUGUUAAGAAAGGAUGGUGCAGCACUGAAUGCAUUGACAGAGUUACAGCAAAUUGGCAAUAAGUUAUUACAAAUGAAAUAGCGUGCAAGUGUACCAGAGAUCAUGAAGAGUCCAAGUCAAACUUUUUGAUUAUUAUAUGAUAAGGUUCUUAUAAUAGUGAUUUUGCCUCGUGCAAGUGUACUGUUUCAAUUUCAUAAUGUCUUCAUCCAUAUUGUCUUUCAAAGAGGCUUUAAUUUUUACUCCAUCGAAAUCCCUUCCCUCUUCUCUUUUGGUUAUGCCUAAGCUAACUUCAUAGAAAGAGACUCGUGUAAAAGAUUUGUCCAAUCACAUGACAUAGGCAUGUAUCUCGUAUGAAGAUACUCGCCUGAAAUCGUUUGCAUGCCAUUGGUAUGAGGAAUUUUAGUGGACAAAAUAUCCUAAACUGUAUAGUGAGUGAAAAAAGAUUCACGUGUAAUUUUUUUGGGUUAUUAUAUUGUGUAUAUUUUUAUUCGUUGAAAA